GUUCCUGACAAGUUAUUGGACCCUUCCACUGUAACACAUAUUUACCAAAUAACUGAUCACAUUGGAUGUGUGAUGACUGGUAUGACAGCUGACAGCCGUUCUCAGGUUCAGCGAGCACGUUAUGAAGCUGCAAAAUGGAUGCACACAUAUGGGUAUGAAAUACCUGUGGAUAUGCUAUGCAAACGUUUAGCCGAUAUUUCCCAGGUUUAUACACAGAGUGCAGAAAUGAGACCACUUGGUUGCUGUAUCAUCCUGAUUGGCAUUGAUGAUGAGAAAGGCCCUCAAGUGUACAAAACUGACCCAGCAGGUUAUUAUUCGGGUUACAAAGCUACUGCAGCUGGAGUUAAACAGUUGGAAGCUAAUAAUUACCUUGAGAAAAAAGUUAAAAAGAAGCAGGACUUCACAAAAUCAGAAGCUGUAGAGGUGGCUAUUUCCUGUUUAUCAACAAUUCUUUCUGCCGACUUUAAACCUACAGAGAUUGAAGUUGGUCUUGUUACUGUAGAUAAUCCAAAAUUCAGAACAUUAAAAGAAUCUGAGAUAGAAGCCCACCUUGUUGCCAUAGCAGAGAAAGACUGAUUGAAACACUGAAACUGUAAUAAUCCAUUUUGUUCAAAUAAACUUCAUUCUCACUAA